UCGGGAGGCGGCCGAUCCAGGUAGCUGGGGCCCUGGGGCCUCGCCGGCAGGGGGCGCAUGAACAAAGGGGAGCGGCCUCCGUGGGACGCGGCUGGGACCGAGAUCUUCACCAACGUACCUGUGUCUCUCUUCCUUGAGGUCAUGAUGAUGGGCAGCACCCGCGUGGCCGAGCUGCUGCUGUGCCACGGCGCGGAGCCCAACUGCGCCGACCCUACCACCCUCACCCGACCUGUGCACGACGCGGCCCGGGACGGUUUCCUGGACACGCUCGUGGUGCUGCACCGAGCCGGCGCGCGGCUGGACGUGCGCGAUGCCUGGGGCCGCCUGCCCGUGGACCUGGCUGAGGAGCGGGGCCACGGCGCUGUCGCCGGGUACCUGCGCGCAGCUGCAGGAGACUGAUGGCAGGUACCCCCAGCCGCCCACAACGACACUUCGUUUCUCCCCUGUUCCCCACCCCCAACUUAGUUCAAGGGAGGCUACAAAUGUGGAGCGGCGGAAAGCCUGCAAGCCUUCCAAGAGACUUGACUCACCGUGGGGGAGGAGAAGCGGACCAUGAAUACAUUUUUUUUUUCUUUCUUCUUUUCCCCUGGAUCCCGCCCUCACACUCACGGCGCAGCCAAAAGCAGAGGUGGUGCAAAUGGAUUUCCAGAGAGAUUUAGGAGCUGAACGUGAAGCUCCCGGGUGUCGUUUACUGUCCAGGGUUUUCUGGCAAAAAGCGGCCUAUAAAGUCCCUAACGACCCCAGGUGUCUGCCAAACUUCACUGGAAAGACGCUGGCGGCAGAGUGGGAGGCGGCGAUGAUUGGCAUUUGAGCAGGAGGCAGAUGGCACGUUUGCCCUCUGACCUUGAAGGAGCGUAUCCGCAGCCCCUACCUGGGUUUGAGGCGCCGGGGGCUAGAAGGAAACCUCUGAAGACUGAGGAGAAGACAACGAUGCCAAAGACGAGUUCGACAGUAGAGGGCAUCAGCAGGUGCCCAAGGCUUUAUAGGCUGUGUGUUGCCACCCAAGUCACCUGCGAAGCCCUGGGGACUUGCGCCCAGUUCCACCGGAUAGUGACGGGAAAGGAGGAUGCGAGAGCCACCUUGAACUUGCCCACAGGUUCUACAAUCCCUGGGUCAAGACGACACAGAACAGCUCCCGGAGAGGGGCAGGUGCUUGCUGUUUGUUAUUCAGUCGAGGGGAGAUUCUUGGGGAGUUCCAGAAGUCAGCGCACAGGAUGACGUGGUGGAUUGUAGGGAGAGCAACUGUCGCGAUUAACUGUAAGGACUUGCUUCAUCUAUAUACGAUAGGAUAAAGAACCCCCCCCCCCCGGAGAUGAAAAGAUUUUGUGAUAUUUUGUACUUCUGAGUUGUUCUUCAGUAACACUCUUACUGGGGAAGCUUUAAAUAACAAAGUAACUCGUGCUCCUCGGUGAGGAAGAAAUACAGCUUUUAAAUGAAGCUCUGUCACAGUGCUAAAGCUUAGACCCAUUCAUCCUUAACCUAUUUAUUUCUUUGUUAGAUUUUCUGACCGUUUCCUUUACUAGAGUGUCUCAGGGGGUCAAACUAUGAAAUAUUCCAAAUAUCUUUUAGAAAACUGAUGCACUUGCCCAGUAAAUUAUUUUGAGGUAUUUCCCAAAGGGUUACUGAAAGAGUAAAUUGAGUAUAAAACUGUUUAAAAUAUAUGAUGAUGGCUCGUGGAAUGUCUUCAUAUCUGCUGAGCAAACUAAAGGUGUACUGCUUUGGGAUUUAAUGUCCAGUGUUGCUUGAUUCCUUACAGCAUUGGAACAACUGAUACUUCAAUGCUUUAAUAAAGAAAAAACAAUAGAUUGGA